GGAGCCUUAAAGGGCUCUCCAGAUCCCCACCCUGCCUCGGCCACCACAGCUCCUCGCCAUGGCAGAGACGGCUAAGCUCCAGCUGUUUGUUAAGGCGAGCGAGGAUGGUGAGAGCGUAGGACACUGCCCUUCCUGUCAGCGGCUCUUCAUGGUCCUGCUCCUCAAGGGCGUGCCCUUCACCCUCACCACCGUGGACAUCCGCAGGUCCCCGGAUGUGCUUAAGGACUUCGCUCCUGGCUCGCAGCUGCCCAUCCUUCUCCACGAUGGCGACACCAAAACAGAUACACUGCAGAUCGAGGAGUUUCUGGAGGAGACGCUGGGGCCCCCCGAAUUCCCCAGCCUGGCGCCCCGCUACCGGGAGUCCGCCACGGCAGGCAACGACGUCUUUCACAGGUUCUCCGCGUUCAUCAAGAACCCAGUGCCCACGCAGGACGAUGCCCUGUACCACCUGCUGCGGCGCGCCCUCACCAGGCUGGACAGCUACCUGCGCGCGCCGCUGGAGCACGAGCUGGUGCGGGAACCGCAGCUUGGCGAGUCGCGCCGCCGCUUCCUGGACGGCGACCAGCUCACGCUGGCUGACUGUAGGCUGCUGCCCAAGUUGCACAUCGUGGACACGGUGUGCGCGCACUUCCGCGGGGCGCCCAUACCCGCCGAGCUGCGCGGCGUCCGCCGCUACCUGGACAGCGCGCUGCAGGUGAAGGAGUUCAAGUACACGUGUCCACACAGCGCGGAGAUCCUAGCGGCUUACCGGACGGCGGUGCGCCCCCGCUAGCCGCCGCCCCCUCUACCGCCACCCCCUGCCCCCUCUUCUACAGCCCCAUAAACGCAUCUCUGCCCCAGCAAGCAUGCCCUGACAUCCGAGGGACCAGAGGGCCCUUGACUUCUGCCACCCCCAAAACCCCCACCACGGAACACUCCGUCCCCAGGACAAGCCUGGAAUGAUGGGCAGAGAACCCGGUGGGUGGCUCUGCUCCACUAACCCUGUCGGGGGUGGGGUGGGGACUAGAUUGGGCUCCCAAACCAGUCAGGCCAGGGUGGGGCUGCAGGAUGGCCAAGGAGGGUGGGGACCAGAGCCCAGACUGGGCACCUAGAGGCUCAGGUCGGUGGGUGGGGCCAGCCCACAUUCCUCAGCCCAGCCCCAGGCGGCAGGCCACCACCCUCCAGCUUCCACAUGACCUGUGGUGCGGGACACCGGUGGCUGUGCCUGUUAGGUGAGGUCUGGAAGAGUGAAGGGUGUGGAGUGGAGGGGCCGGCAACAGAGUUCCAACCUUGAGGAGCCCUGACCCGC